AUGCCGGACGUCAAACGAUCCAUCAAGAUCAUUACCGAACAAAAAGUCAUUCCCGGUGCCGAUAGUGGUGUAGAAGGGUUUCCUCUUCGUCACUGGUCGAUGAGAAUCGUCUUGCUCCAUGCAGACACAAAGCAAGAGAUUGACGCAGAUGUCUUUGACAGCGUCCUAUACCACCUCCAUGAGUCCUUCGGAGCAAAGGCGAAGCAGACAUUCAAGAAGCCCCCCUUCCGCGUCUCAGAGGAUGGUUGGGGUGAGUUUGAAUUGACCGCAGAUCUCAAGGAUCUGUCUGGAAAAACCCACUCAAUCGUCCAUGACUUGAACUUUACUCAACCUCGCUAUGAAACAAAGCAUAUCAUCAACUUCAAAAAUCCAAAGGGCACUCUCCUAGAGGCUCUCCGGAACUCAGGUCCCAUCCCUGGUGAAACUGCAGCAAACGGUGCCGAUGCCUCUAGCAAAAAACGAGCCAGCGAGGUUGGUGCUGGUGGCACUCAGAAGAAAAAGAAAGGUGGUGAUGGCAAAGCUGUUGACAUGGACAAAUUGGCAGAGGGCCUACAGAAGCUUGGUGAGGAUGAUCUGUUGCAAGUCGUCCAGAUGGUGCACGACAACAAGAGCGAAGAGUCCUGGAUGCGCAAUGAUGUCGAGCAGGGUGAGUUCCAUGUCGAUCUAUACACCCUCCCAGAAAAUCUCAUCAAGAUGCUCUGGGAUUUUACUGCCGAGAAGAAUGCCAUUUCUGCAUCUGCAUGA